CCUAGGAUGACACCCAACUUGUUCUUUACUACCUCUCUUUUUCUCUAUAAAUACAACACUUUCUUCAUUAUUCAUGCAUAUCAACUCCUACAAGAAAGAGUUUUGGUUCAAUUCAAAUACUCUUUAUUAGCAGCCAUGGCCAUCCCUAAGGUUCUAAUAGCUUCACUUGUUGUUUCUCUUCUUCUUCUCCAUCUCGUUGAUGCUGCUGAUGAAACGGAGAACACCAAUCUUUCUCAGACUUCUUAUGUCCAGAAAAUGGAUUGUGGAGCUGCAUGCGUUGCCAGGUGUCGGUUAGCAUCGAGGCAGAAAAUGUGCAAGAGGGCAUGCGGGACCUGCUGUGCCCGUUGCAACUGUGUACCACCGGGUACUUCCGGUAACCAAGAGGUGUGUCCCUGUUAUUACACCAUGACGACCCAUGGCGGCAGACGCAAGUGCCCUUAAAUAUCUACAAUUUUACAAACUAUAUGAUAUGAUUCUGAGUUGUAUGUGUUUUGAGAGAAACCAAAGACCAAAAAAUGAAAAAAAAUAAAUGUGUAAAAUUAAUAAUAUGACAUUUCUGCAUUAUGUUUGAGUGUAAACUAAAAUAAAUACAUAAUUGUGGGUGUUGGAUAUUUGUGUGAUGUACUUUGAAUAAGGAAUGAAAUUUCUAGUUUCAUCUA